GCCGGCGGGCGCGGGCCCGGAGGACUGAGGGAAGAGCACCCGCGCUGCCGGAAGUGGCCGCGCGUUUUUAGCCGCUGCGACCGUGGCGCGAGAGCCGAGGGGUCGCCAUGGAGCAAUGGGAGCCGGACGCCGACGUUGACGCCGACGAUGCCAUGGACGCGUUCCUGGAAAAGUUCCAGAACGAGCCUUACAGUGGCGGCUUCCACGAGGACCAGUGGGAGGAGGAAUUUGAAAAGGUCCCCCUAUUUAUGAGGAAAGCGCCAUCCGAAAUUGAUCCCAACGAAAAUCCUGACUUGGCUUGCCUCCAGUCAAUUAUUUUUGAUGAAGAACGAUCUCCAGAAGAACAGGCCAAGACCUACAAGAAUGAGGGCAAUGAUUACUUUAAAGAAAAAGACUAUAAAAAAGCUGUGAUUUCGUACUCUGAAGGAUUAAAGAAGAAAUGCACAGACCCUGAUUUGAAUGCUGUCCUUUAUACCAACCGGGCAGCAGCACAGUACUAUCUUGGCAAUUUUCGUUCUGCUCUCAAUGAUGUGACAGCUGCCAAAAAGCUAAAACCCUGCCACCUCAAAGCAAUAAUAAGAGGUGCCUUAUGCCAUUUGGAGCUGAAAAAUUUUGCUGAGGCUGUGAACUGGUGUGAUGAAGGGUUGCAGAUAGAUGCCAGAGAGAAGAAGCUUCUGGAAAUGAGGGCUAAAGCAGACAAACUGAAGAGAACUGAACAGAGGGAUAUAAGAAAAGCAAAGAUGAAAGAAAAGAAGGAGCAGAAUCAUAAUAAGGCUUUACUCCAGGCCGUCAAGGCUAGGAACAUCAAGCUAGUCUCUGAAGCUGCCAGUGAGGAUGAAGAUUCAGACUCAGAAGAUCUAGGUGAGCUUUCCCUGGAUCGGCUCAGCUCGGAGAACCGCUAUGGAGCCAGGCUGAGUGUAGAUAAGCAGGGCAGGUUAAGCUGGCCCGUGCUCUUUCUGUACCCAGAGCACACCCAGUCGGACUUCAUCGCUGCUUUUCACGAGGACUCCAGGUUUAUUGAUCAUCUGAUGGUGAUGUUUGGUGAAACACCCUCUUGGGACUUAGAGCAAAAAUACUGCCCUAAUAAUUUAGAGAUCUACUUUGAGGAUGAUGGUGGGACAGAACUCUACCGGGUGCCUCUCAAGAGCACCCUGUUGCACGUGCUGCAGCACCCCAGGUACUUUGUAAAAGCCCUGAUACCAGCAUUUUUGGUCUGUGUAGGAGCCUCUGGUUUUUGUAAGAAUUACGUCCGGGGGAAAAAGGUGCAUCAGGUAAAGUGACUGAGCCAGGCCCCUGGAUCUCAUCCCUCACUCUCCUCUGCCUGGAAUCAUCUGAACCCAACACUUUAUUUCUGCCACCCUGGGGACAGUCCUUCCAUGCAUCAUGGUGGGGGAAGAGCUGCUGACUUCCCUGAACUACAUCGUCUUUGCUCAGUGCCAAGUUCCAGCUGGUCUCUACUCUCCUCUGUUGAUACAAAAUUGUACCUUGGUCAUGGCAUCCUUGGAGUCACUGUGAGCUGUGUUACCAUCAGCCUCCAUUCCCUGAAGGGACCAUCUUACCAUUACCACAGGAACUGACCUGAGGAAGUACUGACCUGUAGACACAGGCUCAGGAUCCAGUGCCAUGGUUCUGGACCUUAGUGGUGUUGGCAGCCUCAGAGAAGCUCUCUCAAACCAUGCGAGUAAUUUUAAGGCAUUCAAGCUUAGAGACUCCAGCCUGCAGGUAUUUCAUGAGCAGAGAGGCUUGCUGUAUGGGGACAGUAGACCCUUGGAGUGAGAUGGGGUCAGGAAAGCCAGUUCCUGUUUCUGCACCUGUAAAGACCUAUAAAUGGGUCCAAAACCCCUAAAAAGUUGACCAGUUUUUCUGACCUGUAUGGUAGGGAGAACUGUGACUUGUUCCCCUUCAGUGUUCAGAUUUUAGGAUUUUGCGCCUCUUAAAAAUCUUUGCAGUUGAGUCAUUGUCAUAGGUUGUAUGUUUGUCUAUAGCCAUUUGCCUCCUGCUCCCUAGGGGGUAGUACGUGGCCUCACCUGCAGCCCUGUGAUGUCUUGCAGUACCUACUCCACCCACCAGGGGAUGCAGAGGGAUGUGGGUGGACGUGUCCAGACAGAAGGUUGGUAAGUUCAUGUGCUUUUCCUUCUGUCGUGAACAUAUUUCCCAGGUAGGGGCUCUUCCAUCAGCCUGGGUACCAGAAUGGCAAGACACGUGGAGCAGAGCUGAAGCAACUGGCCUGUAGAGUCGAUCGUAACGUGAACUAGAAAUAAAUGUUGUUGUAGUAGUAAGCAGUUUGUUACUAUAGCAAAGCUAAAUAAUACAUCAUUAAACUGAAACCUGCUGCUGUCCUCAAAA